UAGGUACAGUAAGCGACUGCGGUAAAUACUUGAUUGUAAAUUUGGCAGAAGGUUGCGACCAUAAUUUGGUGUACAUUGCUGACUUGGAUAAGAUACAGUAUGAAAUAAAGGGUAAAUUAGAACUUAUACCAGUUGUUACCAAAAUGGAAGUCAAUUAUAGUUAUCUCACCAACAACGAUAAGAUAUUCAUUUUUCAAACCAAUAAAGAUGCUGAUAAUUAUAAACUGGUGUCAAUUGAUAUCGGAAAUCCAGAUCCUACAACUUGGAAGGACCUUGUACCAGAAAAUGAGAAAGAUGUAUUGCAGUGGGCCUCAGUAGCAAACGAAAAAUAUUUAAUUUUAGGUUACACUCAGGAUGUGAAGAGUGUUGUCCAAUUACACGAAUUGGCGACGGGUAAACUAAUCAAGAAAUUUCCUCUGGAGAUAGGUACUGUUAGCGGUGGUGACUUUUCUUCUGACAUAAGAUACAAAGAUAUAUUUUUCAAUUUUGUGUCUUUCCUUACACCUGGAAUUAUCUAUCAUUGUGACUUAUCGAAACCACCUUUCGAUCUGGAGAUUCUAAGAGAAAUCAAACUGAAAGAUUUUGAUCGCGAAAAAUACGCCGCAGAACAAGUAUUUUUCAAAAGCAAAGAUGGAACUUCAAUUCCUAUGUUCAUCACUUACAAGAAAGGAUUACAAAAAACUGGCAACAAUUUCGUCUUCAUGACGGCUUACGGAGGGUUUUCCUGCACUAGACUACCUUACUUUGCUCCUAAUCGUAUCGUAGUCAUAGAUAAUUUCGAUGGAAUUCACGCGGUACCAAAUAUUAGAGGAGGAGGAGAAUAUGGUGAAAAAUGGCAUCGAGAUGGAUCACUAGAUAAGAAACAAAAUUCCUUCGAUGAUUUUCAAGCCGCUGCAGAGUAUUUGAUUGCUGAAAAAUACACCAAUAGUAAAUUAAUCGCGAUUAAUGGAGGAUCAAAUGGAGGUCUGUUGAUGGGCGCUUGUCUCAAUCAGAGACCAGAUUUAUUUGGAGCUGUGGUCGCCGACGUAGGAGUAUUCGAUAUGUUACGAUUCGACAAAUUCACAAUUGGACACGCUUGGGUGACUGAAUAUGGCACAUCAUCUAAAGAAAAGGAUUUCCAGUACUUGAUCAAAUACUCUCCAUUGCACAAUAUCAAAAUGUCUGAUGACCCCAAUAAACAGUAUCCUGCUACCAUGCUCACAACAUCAGACCAUGAUGAUCGGGUUUCGCCUCUACACUCUUUGAAAUUCAUCGCCACGUUACAAUUUGAGGCCAAAAUCCAUUCUACUCAGCAAAAUCCUCUGAUAAUCAAAGUUGAAACAGAUGCUGGCCAUGGUUGUGGUAAACCAUUGGAUAAAAUUAUCGCAGAACUCGUUGAUAUGAUGUGUUUCAUUGUGCUCAACACCGGAAUUAAGUUUCAUCCGGGAUAUUAGGUACCUACCUACUUCUACCUACUAGUAUUAUGAGAUUUAAUUAACAUUCAUCAAGUACGCCUGUUACUAUAGAUAAUAAAUAACGUCGAUUUUCAGUAUGCUCAUUGGUUCUGUGAUAAUUUAUUUUAUAUCGUAAUUAAGUUAC